CCGGGCGCAGGCAGGGCUGUCCGCAGCGAGCGGCUCCGAGCAGCGGGGAGGUGAGUUGUCCUUCUGCCAGCGGGGAGCCCGGCCUCUUCCCUCGGGGAUGCGAUCCACGCCACGCUCCUCUCUCUGCGUGGAGGGUCUCGCCCGGUCCGUUCCCGCGGGCGGAAGCGAGGUGGGGGUCCCCCGGCUCUCCUGGGGCAGCCCCCCCCCGCCAGGGGGCGCGGGCGAGGUGUCGUCGUCCCCUCGGUACCGGGCAAAGGGGAGAGAAACCGGCCGGUGGGAGCUCCUGGGGUGCAGAGCCCUUCCGGCAGAAUCCUCCCCUGUCUUUUCACCGUUGGCUGGGUGUGACAAGCAGGUUCAUUCCUUUGUCUCCUCUUUUCCCAGCGUCACCUUCCGCGUCACACGAAGAAAAUCCUGCGUGGUUAAUUCCGCUUGCUGCUCAGGUGGAUGUCAGCUGCCACCAUUUCACCGUGGUUGCCCUUUCUUCUGCCGUGAAAGUACAAGACAGAUGGAAAGAUUCCGUAGUGGUCUGCAAGUACAAGGUUUUCCCAGGAAGCAUCAGCAGCCUUGUAACUAGUGACAGUGAGUCCUGAGGUGGUUUUGGUGAGUUACUGCUUCAAUAAUGUAUUUUUAUUGGAUGUAUAUAAACAUGGGCACACCCUUUUAGUGUAAAGUGAAUUAUUGAGAUUUAUUCUUUAUUUUUCAUUUUGCUUUUUGAAGUUUUCCACUUCACUUUCAGCUUUAUUCACCAAACGAGCAAGAUGCAAAGCAGCAGCAGCAGCGCAAGGGCUGUAGCUGUUGCGGUGGAUCCGUAAGCGUAGAUUCUGAUUGCGUACGACCUCGUCCCGCAGCCUCCCAGGGUUAUCUCCCUGCAGCAGUGCUGUAAGGAAGGGAGGAGACGUUUUCCAACACCGGCGAGAGUGUUUACUUGUAUGCUAAGAAGGUGUUCAAAAUGGUAUCGAUUAGCCUGAAUGCUGAUUUUAAGCGUUCAAAUCGCUCUUAACUUUUAAAGGAGGUGGUGUAUUUCGAGCUGACCUGUUUACCUGGAAUCCUCCUUUAGCUCAGCGACUCUUCUUGUGCACCCCCAGCCUCCGCUGGCAGGGCGGUAUGAGAAGCUGGAAGGUCCUUGACUUAGUAUAAACACUGCUUAGCAACAACUAAA